AAAAACAGAGACUAAAAUUUUGGAGAAUUCCAGAGGCGCAGAGAUGCAGAGAGAAUCCGGUUCGGCUUUGCCGCUCCGAGCAAGACUCAUCGACUUCCUCAUCCAAUCUGCUCAGCGGCUCCAACUUUCUCCGACCGAGAAGUACACCGCCUUGUCACUCUUCGCUCAUAGAUUCUACCCCCGUUUUAUGUCCCAGAUGGAACAAGGCAAUGACAUGGGGAACUGGCUCUUGCAACCCUUGAGAGAGAGCAAUUUGCAGCUAUUUGCGCUUGUUUCGCUAUGGAUUUCAAACAAAAUACACUCUUCUCCUGCAUUGUCCGUGAAGAUAUUCAAGUCCUUGGGAGACAAAUGUAUCAGUGAACAACACUUCACCAUUCGAGAUUAUUCUGAAGCGGAGGUGGUCUUAAUGCAGGUAGUGAAUUUUGAGAUUUGUGUGGAAAAUGUUGCUUUCGUAUACUUUGAAGAGCUUUUACUCCAAUUCAAGGGAGUGUCAAAGGUUGGGGAACUAGUGAACUUUGAAGCAGGCAUGGACAUCAUGGAUCUACUUUAUGAAAAGGAGGAGACAACGAUGCUCUAUGCUAAUCCUCGUUUUCUCGCUGCAUCAGUCUUGGUUGCUUCAUAUGUCAUUACAGUUCCCAAACAGAAGUUGGAAUUUCCGGUUCUUCCCUGGGUUAAGUUUGUAACCGGAUGCGAAGAAGAGGAUAUUGUAGAGAUGGUCAGAGAAAUUUUUAAGCACGUAUUCCAUCUUUCUUGCUGAAGUCUGAAGAGGGCAACUUGUCUGUGUUUGGUACAAGUGAUGGAUGGGACACAAAGAACUGUCGGGUUUAGGGCUUUAGCGUUUACAAAUUACAAGGUUGGUGAGUUCCAUUGAUUGUUGUUGGUUUGAAGAGGGCGUAAUGGAGAUGAAUCCGAGGCGCUUUUGCAUGGUUGUGGACUUGUGGUAGCGUCAAAACUUUCUUUUAAUCAAGGCAGUGCAACAAAGCAGCUCAUGACCUAGCUAAGUUCAAUUUCAUUUUACAUUUACAAAAAAAAAAGUUCAAUUUCACUUUGAACGAAAGUGAUACUUUCUAUUAUGCAGAGUUUGGACGGAAUGGCUUAUGGAGUCGAUAAAUAUCGGACAUUGAUUGUUGUAACAUUUAUAUCAAUUAAUGAAUUAUUAUAUUUUCAAUCAAAAAACAAAGGGUAAGGGCCGUAAGGCUUUAUGCUGAGGAUAGGUUGUAUCUAGUUCUUAGUCGAAGCAUAUAAAUAGUCAUACUGAAGUGAGCAAGUGAACCACCUCAAGGCUGAAGUCCAACCAAAUUUGCUUUGCCUCAUCAAUAGGGGCCCGUACAAGUGCUGUUGUUGGAGGUCAAGUUUGGCGAGCUAGUCUUUUAUAUUCUCAUAUAUAGUUUCGUCCAGUCUUUGUUGAAUACUAGAACAUGUUUUUGACUAUUGUUGGUAUGGUUAUGUAUAAUAAGCACACAUACAUUUGAU